AUGGCUACCGAGACAAGCUCAUUGUUACACCACCCUAUCAUUGGGCACAUUCGCGUCAAAGAUGGCGAUGGGGUCGUCCAAUGCCUCGGUCUCAAGUAUGCUUCUCUCGAGAAUCGGUUCGCUGAUGCGCAAAUCAUGGAUUACCCCACCAAGGGCCAACUUACGGCCACAAAGCACGGGCCACCCGUCAUCAUGCCACAUGGAGCGGUUGACUUUGAAAUGCAGUUGAUUCAACAGGCUAUCCCUAAGCUUGACGUUCCUCCUAUGUCUGAUUUGGAUGGUUUAAACCUCAACAUCACCUUGCCAAAGGACUGCAACGAGAGCUCCGUCCCCCGACUGCCAGUAUUGGUCUUUGUUCACGGCGGCAGCUUCACUUUUGGGUCAAGCUCUUACUCUCACUACGACCAAAGCCGAAUUGUCAAGUUGUCGAUAGAGAUGGGGAAGCCCAUCAUAGCUAUCAAUUUCAAUUAUCGAUUGGGUAUACCAGGGUUUUUGGCUUCGCAAGAGCUGUCAGAUGCGGGCUUCAAGCCUAACCGUGGCCUUCGAGACCAGAAGGUUGCACUGCGGUGGAUAAAGAAAUACAUUUCUGGGUUUGGAGGCGACCCGGAUCAGAUCACGCUCGUCGGGCAAAGUGCUGGCGCAGGUAACAACACUCCUGCAUGUCCAACCCUGCUGGUGUCUGACUUCAAGUUUACAGCGUCGGUCGAUUUCCAUAUGCAAUCCGAGGAAGCCUUGUUUAGUCAAGCAAUCCUGUUUGGAGGCUCCUCCGUCUUAUUGAAACCCUUUCAGCCAGAGGCAGCUGAAUCCGUCUACACCUCUGCCAUUAAGGCACUAGCUCUGGACAAGCAGUCUCCCCAAGGUCGGAUCGAGUCCCUCUUGAGCAUUCCAGUAGAGUCUAUGAUGGCCAAUGCUGCAAAGGAAAUGAUUGAAGCUGGUCCUACAAUUGAUCAUGACCUGAUCCAGACCGCAGCAACUCUUGGAGACACGAAUGACAUGGUUGAAUCUCCAAUGACCCGCAAUGGAUGGUGUAAAAAAUUGUUUUCCAUCGAUAGCAAGUUUGACGGAUCCAUUUUUGACCUUCUCAACCUCCGCUCCCGCCAACAAGGCAUCACAGCAAGCUUCCGAACCCAUUUGAUCAAGACAUUGGGGCAAAUAGCAGCUUCUAGAGUUUUGUAUCAUUACAAAAUUCGUAAAGACACGCCAGAUGAAGAAUCCUUGCUCAGCAUCGCUCAAGCCAUCACCGAUGUCGGUUAUUACGCCCUGUCUGUGAAAUAUGCCGAGUCAUUUCCUGGAGAUUCCAUCUUGGGUCACUUCAACGAGCCAAACCCGUGGGAUGGUGUUCACGCUGGUCGAGCGAAUCAUAUCCUGGAUAUUGCCUAUCUCUUUGGCAACUAUGAUGAGAGACUUGGUCCCCAGAACAGACGUGUGGCUAGGUCACUAGCUGAGGAUAUUCUGUCGUUUGUAUGCAGAGGCGAUGACUUUCCCGUUUUUGGUUUGGAGAAGAAAGUGGUAGUUUAUGGGCCAGGGGUUGACGGAGUUUCCAGACAGAUCUUGAGAUGGGAUGAUGGGGCAGCCCGGAGGGACGGUACUAUCUUCGAUCUAGCGAAAGAAGCGGGGGGUCUUGGUAAACUACUGCAGGCCCUUCUUAGCUUCUGUUAA